AUGGAAAUCCUGGCCGCUAAAUGGGUGGAGAAAUGUGUGUUUCGACAUCCCGACCCCCGAGUCGAUCGAGAGUACAGUGGCGUAGGGCAAAAUCUGGCUGUGCUCGGUGGAGCCAAGCCAGCAGACCUUUACGAGAGUUCGGUGUCGGGUUGGAAUCGUGAAAAGGCGAAGUACGUUUACUCAACGAACCAGUGCUCCGGUGUCUGUGGACAUUAUACGCAGGUUUGUAUGUGUGUGAGAUUGGCUGUUUACUUUGAAUGUGUCCCAUCAUUUUUGCCGUUCUAAAUUACGCUUUAUGAGGUGGUUAUAUGCUCACCUUUACUACCGACAGAUACUGUCACGGUCUCCGAUGAUACGUUCGAGCAAACGUCCGAAGCGUUUGGCGAAUAAACCUCGUCUUCCAGCAAUCGAUUCUACUUCUUGUUGUUUCCCUCGUAACCAUGCGCUGAUCGAAAGCUUAUACAGCUGUACUGAGAGAAAUGGAGUUGAAAUUGUCGCUCUUUUUCUAAAAUCGAAACAGGCAUACAGCAUACUGAGUAUGCCUGUUGAGAAUAUAUCUUAGUAUGAAUGGCAGGUCCAAAUAAUUUGCUUUCUUUUAAUAGUAUUUUUGUUUUUUUCUGCAGAAUUAGGGUGCAUUUCCAAAGAAAAGCGUUCGACGUUAAAUCGUGAAUUUCUUGAGAGUUUAGAUCUUUUUUGAUUAUCAAGAGACAUCCGUGUUUUCAUUCACAGCUGUACUCAAAAGUUUGAUUUGUUGCCAACUCCGGUGAUUGUCUUGAUACAGCUGCUCCGUUUUAAUUUCCCACAAAAAAAUCUUUUUUGGUAAAACGCCAUUGUUUCAUUAUCCAAAUAUAUGCAAUGAGAUUGUUGUUUUCUAUAUCCGAUCUUUCAUUAGAAAGCAAACUUGAGUACAUGAAUAAAGUAGAUUAUUAUAUUUUAAAAUUUUAUAUUUAAAAGGUUGUGUGGGCAAAAUCAAAUGCCGUGGGUUGCGCUUGGAAAUCGUGUCCGGGCAUCAUGAGCGGAUACGCUGAGGGAUACCUCGUGGCCUGCCAAUACAAACCACAGUAAGUCCACAAAUAGGUGUUCUACUAUUUCUGAUUAUAUGCUUACUUAAUAAACUGACAACCGCCUGAUAUAAGAGCUAAUUUUAACUCAGCGGCUUAUUGAACACUGAUACACUCGACCAGACGUCAUGACAUGCGCUCCACUCAACCACAAACUUAAUCAAUUGCAAAAUACUUGAUUAGGUCCUACGACAAAUAAAGUGACCACCAACAGUUCACUUGAGACAUUCGACACUCGAGAGACACCCGAAAACGCAACGAUAACAUACGACCGAUCUAACUAGACAUAAGCUGCAAAUUUAAAAAGGAGGAACAAAGGCUUAACAGGGAGUUCGAAGUCGUCCGCCUGUCUUUAUAUAAAUAAAGCUGAACUUAACCGAACUGACAAGACCUGGAAUCCCAAUUCUAGGAUUAGUUAGCCCAAUGGGGAGAAGAGUAAUUGCAUUGGACAUCAGCGCAGUGACACACGAACUAAAACGUUCGGAUUUGAUGUCACUUGCACAACUGCACCUCCCAAAUUUUCUUGGUUAUUUGGUAGAUUUACUUGUCGAAAAAGACCAAAAUCGUUGUGUGAAAUGUUCCCGAAUUGCUUGGCAUUCGAACUCAUACAUUUGUCUAAUUAAUUGUGGAAAACGCGGCAGCCUCAUUAUGGUGCCUUGGGCACAGCCAACGUUCUAAACCCCCGUUAUGCGGGGCCUCAUCUGCGGCUGUGAAGUUAAUCCCGCUUGGGCCAUAUAACCCUCGUAAACAAAGCUGAUACAGUAACAUGACUGCUCAAGCAGGAUUUUCUAAGCAAUCAAUCUAGCAUCCACGAGAUGACCACGAAGUGGCUCCCAUACGUUGCAAUAACCUGGACAAUCAGCGUGAAGUAAAAAGGAUUGAAUUCAUGGCUCUCGCAGUGGAGACUCAUAGAUCAGGCGGUUAAAGCGUUGAUCAUGAUGAAGCUUUGCUCUCGUGAGUCCACAUUCCAUCGAGAUCGCCGGUGUUUGUCUGAUUCAGUCAGGUGAAUUAUUUACGUCUACGGCGACACCAGUAAUUCUUACUGUCCAAAAUUUUCCGAUUUAAAUAUGUACGUUGUCUAUGUUUUUUAAGGUAAUGUGCAUUAUCCCCAAAAGCAACUGUUUGAUCGCAGAAAUUGCAGAUCGCCCGUUAAAAACCGACGAAUAAGCAACAUUAUUUGCGUAUACUUUGGCCUAUUUUUCACUUUUCAGGGGGAAUGUGAAUAGAAUGCGGCCGUACGUGAGCGGACCCAGUUGCAGUCAAUGCGAAAAGGCGAACUACUGCGUGAAAAAUCAAUGUUCGAAGUACAAAGACUCGGGCUUGAGAAACAAUUUGGCCAUAAGCUCCUUUUGCAUCUUUUUAAUUGCUCGCAUCCUGAAUUAA